UCCUCGAUUCUCAAACUUCAAACAAAACACAAUCAUUAUUAUCUCAUGAUCUCAUCAGCACCACUAUCAUCAUGAAGCAACGUAUUGUGAUUAACGUCCCAAUGAGGGAGGAGGAGAGUAGAAAAAAGGUCAUGAAGCUUGCCUCCGAAAUUAAAGGAGUGAGCAAAGUUGAGGUAGUAAAGGAAAGGAACCAUUUGGUGGUGGUGGGAGAAGACAUUGACUCGGUUAAGCUGGUCAACUCACUAAGGAAGAAAUUCUGCUUCGCCAACAUUCUCACCAUUCACAAUCACAAUGCAACAACAAUAACAACAACAACGUUCGACGAUGAGGUGAGGCGGCGUUCAGACAACGAAGAAGACCAGCGCUGGCCCACCCAAAUUCACUACGGAUAUCCGACCCGAACUACUUAUGAUCAACCCGGUUACUACGCGGCUUACCCGGUUUAUGAUCCGAAUCCUCCAACUCCUUGCUCCAUCAUGUGACCCGUUAAUCGUCUUCACUUAAUUAGUAGCUUUGCGUUUCCCGUUGAGUAUAUUUCGUCUCUUUGAAUCACAAAGAACAAAACAGAUUCAUCCAUGUUUUUGGAUCAUGUUUAAGAAAUUUUCAUAUACGUAACGUGAGGAACUAGUUUGUACCCAAUUCAUCAAGUUUUUUCUUCAUAUUUUGAAUUGUGAUGAUAAUUUAUUGUUAUUAGGAUAUUUAAUUAUUUUGCUUUUAGACCUUUA